AUGGCGUUGAAAGCCAGAGCCCUUUACAACUUCCAGAGCGAAAACAAAGAGGAGAUCAGCAUCCAGGAGAACGAGGAGCUCGUCAUCUUCAGCGAGAACUCCCUGGACGGGUGGUUACAGGGCCAAAACAGCCGCGGGGAGACCGGCCUCUUCCCUGCCUCCUACGUCGAAAUCCUCCGCUCCCGGUCGGGCUCCAACUACACGGACUACUCCAGCAGCCCGGCCGGCUCCCCCGGGCACGACUCCUCCUUCUACACAACCCCCGCCGACCCCGGCAUCUCCUACCAGGGUAGUUUUGAGGACGACGAUGAUGAUGACUGGGAUGACUGGGACGAUGCUUGCACGGGGGGGGAGGAGCCCCGGGGCGCGCCGGGCACCAACGGGCACCCUUCGCCCAGUCUGCAGUACCGGGCGGCCUACGGCCACCACCAGCAUGCCGGUUACCAUCCCAAGCCGGCGCUGGAGCGUCAGGACAGCAUGAGCUCCUCCAAGAGGGGCAGCGUGGUGGGGAGGAACCUCAACCGCUUCUCCUGCUUCGUCCGCUCGGGGGUGGAGGCCUUCAUCCUGGGCGACGUGCCCCUGAUGUCCAAGAUCGCCGAGGCGUACUGCAUCGAGAUGGGCUCCAAAGGUCCCCAGUGGAGAGCCAACCCCCACCCUUUCAUCUGCUCCGUGGAGGACCCGACCAAGCAAACCAAGUUCAAGGGCAUCAAGAGCUACAUCUCCUACAAGCUGACCCCCAGCAACAUCAACUCACCCGUCUACCGGCGGUACAAGCACUUUGACUGGCUCUACAACCGCCUCCUCCACAAGUUCACGGUCAUCUCGGUGCCCCACCUGCCCGAGAAGCAGGCCACCGGGCGCUUCGAGGAGGACUUCAUCGAGAAGCGCAAGCGGCGGCUGAUCCUCUGGAUGGACCAUAUGACCAGCCACCCCGUCCUCUCCCAGUACGAGGGCUUCCAGCACUUCCUCAGCUGCCGCGACGAGAAGCAGUGGAAGCUGGGCAAACGCCGGGCAGAGAAGGAUGAGAUGGUGGGCGCCAGCUUCCUCCUCACCAUCCAGAUCCCCACGGAGCACCAGGACCUGCAGGACGUGGAGGACCGCGUGGACGCCUUCAAGGCCUUCAGCAAGAAGAUGGAUGACAGCGUCCUGCAGCUGACCAACGUGGCCUCGGAGCUGGUGCGCAAGCACGUGGGUGGCUUCCGGAAGGAGUUCCAGAAGUUGGGCAAUGCUUUCCAAGCCAUCAGCCACUCCUUCCACAUGGACCCCCCUUACAGCUCAGAUGCCCUCAACAAUGCAAUCUCCCACACGGGCAAGACGUAUGAGACCGUAGGGGAGAUGUUCGCUGAGCAGCCCAAGAACGACCUGUUCCUCAUGCUGGACACUCUCUCUUUGUACCAAGGGCUCCUCUCCAACUUCCCAGACAUCAUCCACCUCCAGAAAGCCUACUUAAAGCAGCAGAUCGUCUUCUACCAGCGCGUCAGCCAGCAGCUGGAGAAGACGUUACGCAUGUACGACAACCUCUAA